UUCAGUCCCCCUACGGACUUCACAUCAAUAACAUGAACUGGAAAAGCGGACUUUCGGUUCUAAUGAGUGUUCUAUCUCUCCUCGGCUCGAACCGCUUAGCACUCACAUCCGCUAUAAAAAAUGAGCGGGACUCCCAAACAACGUUUCCAGAUCUCUAUGAAGCAUCUAUCUCCGAACUGCAAGAUGAGCUUCAGAAAGGACUUUUCACAAGUGUGGAUCUCGUCAAGGCCUACUUCGCUCGUAUCGAAGAAGUAAACCACCAAGGGCCAUCUCUCAAUGCUGUAAUAGAGAUCAAUCCGAGUGCUCUUGCUCAAGCUGCAGAGCUCGAUGAUGAGAGGAGUACUUCGGGUCUACGUGGUCCACUUCAUGGAAUCCCGAUCAUCGUAAAGGACAAUAUCGCGACGUUAGCUAGUGAAGGAAUGAAUACGACUGCUGGAUCUUUCGCCCUUCUCGGGUCCGUUGUGCCACGGGACGCAACGAUAGCAGCCAAACUCCGUGCGGCGGGAGCAAUCAUCCUUGGUAAAGCAAACCUCAGCGAAUGGGCGAAUUUCCGCGGACGCGUGCCCUCCGGCUUCUCAGGUCGCGGUGGUCAAGCUACGAGUCCAUACCUUGCAAAUGGCGACCCUUCUGGUUCUAGUUCGGGAAGCGGUAUCAGCUCUGCAAUCGGCCUUGCCGCUGGUGCUCUAGGGUCUGAGACCGACGGGUCGAUAUUAAGUCCGAGCUCGAAGAAUAAUUUGGUGGGUAUUAAGCCGACCGUAGGGCUGACGUCUCGAGCAGGAGUCAUCCCUAUCUCCUCACACCAAGACACAGUCGGCCCAAUGACACGAUCCGUCGCAGAUGCUGCAGCAAUUCUCACUGUUAUCGCAGGUCGAGACCCGCUGGAUAACUUCACACUCGCACAGCCAGAGGUCGUGCCUGAUUUCUCACAGGCCCUGAAUACAGAUGCGCUGAAGGGAGCGAGGCUAGGAAUCCCGAGGUUGUUCCAAGGAAACGAUCCAAACAUUCUUAAAGCGUUCAAUGAGUCGGUGGAGAUUAUUAAAGGGCUUGGAGCGAUAAUUGUUGAUCCAGCAGAAUUUCCAGAUGCAACUGAAAUACGGCAGAGCAAUAACGAGUCAACUGUUCUGACGGCUGAUUUCAAAGUCGAUGUGAAUAACUACAUUGCUGGUCUUAUGGAAGUUCCGACAGGGGUAAAGGAUCUUGCCGACUUGAUUCAAUUCAACAUCGACAAUGCAUCCGAAGAGCUCAUCCCGCCUUUCUAUACAGAUCAAUCACAGUUUAUUGCAUCGGAGAACUCAACAAUGGACGAUGCAUACUUUGCUGCACUUACUGCUGACGAAGACUUGGGACGAACGAGAGGAAUCGAUGCAACUUUACAAGAAUUCAACCUCGAUGCCAUCCUAUUGCCGACGAAUGGCUUCACAGCGGGUCCAGCUGCUAUUGCAGGGUACCCAGUCAUCACAGUACCACUAGGCUUCCAACCGGAUGACUUAGCACCAACUCAAGCCGACCCAACCAUCUCAAAUGGUCCUGGUGUUCCAUUUGGUAUUAGUUUCAUGGGCACAGCGUUCAGCGAGUUCAAGCUCGUCGGGUUCGCCUUUGCUUACGAACAGGCAACGCACAAUCGGCUCAAACGCCUUGCGUUUUCAGAGGCAAUUCCAAAAACACAGUUGCAGGACGUAGUUGGAAGCCGGGACUCGGAAUAAUUCCAGAAG